GUUACAUAUUCUCCAGGCAAAGCUACCGAGAGCUUAGAGUGAGUUACAGUGUGCACAAGCAAGAAACUAUCCGGCACGUGGAAACAUGUCUGGGAAACCCAAGCUGCACUACUUCAAUGGACGAGGCCGAAUGGAACCAAUACGGUGGCUGCUGGCAGCAGCUGGAGUUGAGGUUUGCCUCUGUUUUCUUACACUAAGAGCAUGUUACAAACAUGUACUUUUAAUGUUCCCUAUGAAAAAUGUCACUGAAAUCGAUAUGUAUGUGGAAGGAAUGUUUGAUCUGAAUGAGUUAUUCAUGCACUCUGUAGCCCAACCAGCGGAUAAAAAGGAGCAACAUUUUACCAACAUGUUGGACAAGGCCGCAAACAGAUACUUCCCAGCCUUUGAGAAGGUUUUGAAAGACCAUGGACAAGACUUUCUUGUUGGCAACCAGUUAAGCAGGGCAGAUGUGCAGUUACUUGAAAUCAUUUUAAUGGCAGAAGAGUUCAAGCCUGAUAUACUUGCCAAAUUUCCUCUCUUGCAGCGUUUUAAAGCAAGAAUAAGCAAUAUCCCCACAAUAAAGAAAUUCCUGCAGCCUGGCAGCCAGAGGAAACCACCAAUGCAACCCGAAGAUUUACCCAAAGUGCUGGCAAUUUUCUACUGAGCAGCAGCCUAAAGCCACAGAAACUCCCAUUUCAUUGUGUUUGCUGAUAGUGGCAAAAGGAAAUGAAUGAAAAGAGUGGAAUGGUUUUUGAUCUCUCUUUCCUUAGCUACAGAACUAGUUUGAGCCUACUGCCAACACUUCCAAGGGAAAUCUAUACGAGCAUACCAGAAAAUGGAAUAGUUCACUGAUGAGGGAGUAUAUUGGACAACACAAGAUAUCUUAAAUUACUGAAGAGAACGCCUGAAAUAAAGUCUUACUGCUGACACUCAAA